AUGAAGCGAUCUGAACUGCUCCAGACCCCCGGUCAUGAAGCUGAGGAGAUGCAAGGGGGUUCAUCUCAACCUUCAGGGCAGCCGAUCCCUAAUGUUGAAGCGAUGCGAUCUCCUCCUCACCAAGAGGAGCCUCCUCCACCUCCCCCAGUUGCUCCGAGAACGGAAAGGGGCCCUUCCCAAUCCGGUGUGAGAGCCCUUUCCCGGGGCACCCAAGUGCUGAUUCAGUCUUUGGAGAAGAAUAGAACCAUUCGAGAGAAUCCGGAUUUAGCUAAGCACAUUGUGCAAGAAAAGGCUCACCGCCUGGGUAAGGAGGUCGAGCAGAAGAGUCAUGAAGUGUCUUCCCUCCGAUCCCAGAUUUCAUCCGCUCAGAACUAUAUAUCCGAUAUUGAGGGGCAGAUCAAACUUUACGAGGAUAAGCUAACCAAGCAGACUCGUGUUCUGGCUGAGCGAACCCGUAUUCUGGAAAAGUUCAGGCGCUUCGGACCGAUGAAGUUGCUCGCCUCGCUCUCCUUACUGAGGAGCUCAAGGUGA